AUGCCGGAGCUCCAGUCGCACAAUGGUUACUACCUCUGGCACUAUGUGCCCAGCAUGGUGGCUGCCAUCAUCUUCGAGGUGCUCUUCGUCCUGGUUACCCUCUACCACGCGUGGAUGAUUGCGAGGACCAAGACGUGGUUCUGCAUCGUGUUUGUCAUUGGCGGCAUUCUUGAAAUCAUCGGAUACGCAGGCCGAGCCAUCGCCCGCGAGCGCACCGCUGAGAUCGGCCCCUACGUCAUGCAGAGCAUCACGAUCCUCGUCGCGCCCGCGCUCUUCGCCGCCUCGGUCUACAUGACGCUGGGAAGAAUCAUCCGCUCCGUCCACGGCGAGUCGCUCUCGGUGAUCCGCGUCAACUGGCUCACGCGCAUUUUUGUCGCGGGCGACUGCUUCUCCUUCCUGGUGCAGGCCAGCGGUGGCGGUCUUAUGGUCAAGGACGGCAGUCAGAAGAUGGGCCAGAACCUGAUCGUGGCUGGUCUCGUCAUCCAGAUCGUGCUGUUCGGCAUCUUCUGGCUGACGUCCAUCAUCUUCCACUCGCGCCUGGCCAAGUACCCGACCGAGGCCUCUGCGAGCGGCAACUCGCCAUGGAAGUCUGGCCUGUGGAUGCUGUACACCGUGAGCUGUCUCAUCAUGGUGCGAUCCAUCUUCCGCCUGAUCGAGUACCUCAUGGGCGGAGACGGAUACCCUCUGCAGCACGAGUGGACGCUCUACGUCUUUGACGCGAUGCUCAUGUUCCUCGUCAUGGUCGUCUUCGGCUGGCGCUUCCCCAGUGCGUUCCAGAUUCGUAAGAACGGCAGCCAGUCGACCUCGGACGUCGAGGGCUUCGACAUGACGGAGCAGGACACGCAGCAGCGGUCGAUGCGCAAGUCGAUGAGGUGA